AUGGCAACUUCAGAGAACAAUGACAUCAAAGUUAGAAAUGACCGACGAGACCCGAUCUCUCGGUAUAGUAAAGACAUUGAGGAAGAUAUCACACCCGUGCGGAAGCUCUUGGAGGAGUACAGUAAGAUACCUCCGGAGCAGGUGGUUGCUCACAUUCACGCCGUGCCUGAAAAAUCCACCCAUGCCCCUGCGUCCGCCGCUUCCUCGACCUCUCACUCUCCCUCCACCCCCUCUACCCGACCGUGCUCGCUCGCCUCAGAGCCUCUUCCACCCCCCAGCGUCUCCUCGACCUCGGCUGCUGUUUCGGCCAAGACAUCCGCCGCCUCGUGGCCGACGGCGCCUGCGGCGAGAACCUUUACGGCGCCGAUCUACACUGUUACAAAGUUCUAA